GCCGGGGUCGGUGAUCUACACCAGGAGAGUUCGCGCUCCGAGCGUUGCGCUCGGAGGGGCUCGAGCCGUGGCGCGGAUGCUGGAAGUUCACAUCCCGUCUGUGGGACCUGAGGCCGAGGAUCCCAGGCAAAGCCCAGAGAAAGGCCACAUGGUGUUCCGAGUGGAAGUAUUGUGCCGCGGGCGCAGGCACAUCGUGCAGAGGCGCUACAGCGAGUUCCACGCGCUGCACAAGAGGAUCAAGAAACUGUACAAAGUGCCCGACUUCCCCUCAAAACGCCUGCCCAACUGGAGGACCAGAGGACUGGAGCAGCGGCGGCAGGGCUUGGAGGCCUAUAUCCAGGGUGUCCUGUACCUGAACCAGGAUGUGCCCAAGGAAUUACUGGAAUUCCUGAGCCUUCGGCACUUCUCCACAGACCCUAAGGCCAGCAACUGGGGCCCGACAGCCGCUCACAGCGGGUCUCCUCUUUUCAGCGCCUUGGGGGAGUUCCUGCCCAAGAACAGCAGCUCCCAGCUCCACCACCGGCCUGUCAUCAGCUUCUGCAUGGAUCCCUACGUUUGCAUUCCAUCCCCAGAGCCUCUGUCCAACAUGGUGGUGAAUGGUGUGCUCCAGGGCCUCUAUGGCUUCAGCACCAGCUCAGCUAAAGCCCAGUCCGAGGGUCCCUGUCACUCUGCUCCUUUGCCACCGAUGCCCUGACCAGCCCAGAGGUCUGUGGGCCACCUGCCAGGACAGGCAUGUGCCUCAGUGUAUGAGCCCCCUUCUCAGAGGCUGGGUCCCCCUUGGCCCGGACCCAGGAUUUAACCACCCCAGAUGCCAGGGCAGGGACAACAGGGGAUAAGGAAUAAAGGGAGAAGUCCAAUUUAGAGGUAGGCUUUGAAAAGAGACUGGUGUAUUUCUUCACCUACCCCAGAAAGGGGCAGGAGACAAGCAAAGGUUGACGCACAGUAGUGGCAAAGGUUAGAAACGAGGAGUAAAAGCUCCUGCUUGAAAUUUUGUAGGCAGUGUCUAGAGAAAGGGGUCGGACCAGAGCCUCAGAUGGGGAUCGGCACCCCCUGCCCCAAGAGUCCCAGACAUGCUGGGACAGAGACUUGAGCAGGUGUUGGAGGCCCAAGAACUCAGCCCACACUGGUUUAAAAAAAAACAAACCACCUUUUUUUUUUUAUUGGUCAGCAUGGAUAGGAGUUUGUUACAAAACCGGGCCUGGAGGCCUAUGGAAUGUGAGGUGAAGAGUCCACUCAGUCAGAUGCCAGCACUAGGGCCAGUGCAGCACGGAGCCGUGUGGCAGGCCAUCUUUACCCACCCACCCCACCCCCUCCCUGGAGGGCAACAGGGCCGCACAGAUGGUGGCUCAAAGGGAAGAAGUCCCUGGGGCCCUACUCCUUGGCGAUGGCAAAGGGCUUCUCCACCUCGAUCUUGCCACAGUCUGCGAUUGUCACAUCCUUCAGGGGCUUGUCCCGACUGUCUGUCUUGGUGCUCUCCACCUUCCGCACUACCUCCUAGAAAGGAAGGCAGAAGCAGUAAAGCAGAGAGGUCAGGAGGUCCACCUCUCAAGGGAGACAGGCCUCACAAUAUGGCUAGGGAGGGAUGAGAUGCCCACAUGAAUAGCAUGCCAAGCUCCAGGCACCAAAAUCCUAAUAGAAGCAUAGCCAGGUGACAGGGCAGGGACAACCCAGAAAAUGCAAUAGUUUUGAUCCCUGAAGUAUGAGCCAGGCUGAGCUAAGGGCAAGGAGGAAGAAAAAGGUGGCGGGGGAGUGGGCACGAAGUGGCUUCUCAGGGACAUCAUGUUAAGCCAUGUCCUGUACAAGUCAGGGUGGUACCUGCACCUGUACAGCCUCAACAGGCCUCCUCCAGAGCCUGUGCCUGGAGCUGGAAGAAUUGAGAACUUGGGGGCAUAGAGUAGUAGGGUAGUUCUUAAUUCCCCCCAAGUUUGUAAACAUGAACACUGGUGUGAAUCUGGGUCCCCUUUUGGGAAAACGAUAAAAUAUACGGUGCUUUCCUGAUGAGAGCUGCCCAAGUUUAGCCCCUGAAACUCACCAUGCCUUCCAGAACUUUGCCAAACACUACAUGCUUGCCAUCUAGCCAGGCUGUCUUAACCGUAGUGAUGAAGAACUGGGAGCCGUUGGUAUCUUUGCCUGCAUUGGCCAUGCUCACCCAGCCAGGCCCGUAGUGUUUUAGCUUGAAGUUCUCAUCAGGGAAGCGUUCACCAUAGAUGCUUUUACCUGGGAAGAAAGAGUAGGUCAGGGAGCUGGGUAGGCCCAAACCAAGCAGAUCUUUGGGGUGAGGAUUCCAGGGACUCGACCUCUGUGCCAGGCCAGGCUCAAAUGGAUUAUAAGGACAUAAAAGCUGUGCUCUUCCUACCCUCUGGUCUUGGAGCCAAAUCAUGCUGACAGACCAAGUGGGGAACGAUGCCAGGCUGAUUUAGUGAACAGCUCACCUGAUCGAUUACUUUUAGAAUAGACUUUAGUGGCUUUUAAAUAAGGCACAGACCAACAGCUACCCUUAGCUAUGGCCUGAGAGGUCUGCCAUAGGAACUUUGAGGGACUUGGGUGGAGAGAGGUGCUUAGCAGGGGACAUGGGAGGGUAAGAGCUCUCCAGAAGAAGAGGACAGCUUUUGUUCCUAAUGGCACAAAAGAUACUGAGAGGAGGUGGGAGGGGCUGCCAUUUGGGUUCUGGAAAAUCAAGAACCUCUUAUUAAUGAACACAAAAUAAAAACUGCCUGUUGA